ACCACAUAUGGACGGGGGCUCUGCCAUGGCAGUUCCCCUGACAAUCCGAUGCAUAAAAUUACCACCACUUGCAGGGUACCAUUCGGAUAAUAAAGACCCUCGCCGACUGGAUGUUCCAGGAACGCGGGUUUUUGGAUAGGACAAUACGUUCCGCGAUCAAGGUUCUAUCGAGGAGAAAACAUGGUAAACAAGGACAAUACAAUUGGCGCUAUUAAGAUGAGGGGAGUUCUCUUCCCGCAUCGCUUCGACGCGAGUUGACCGUUGCCACCAGCUCGGCUCUUAUACCUAGCAGCUAUCCUGGGUAGUGCAAGUUGCGUUCCGGCCACUUCUGCUGAGAUUCUCACCGCGCGCAACUCUUGAAAUCAGCCCACAAUGCGGGGCAUCACCAACUCUCUCGUUCGACUCCUCGCCCUCCUGCUACUCGUCGCCUUAGCAGCAGCGCAGAGCUCGUCAGCGGCCCCUCUCACUACAACGUCUUUGCCGGCGCCGACAGCACCACCACCACCAUCCAGCUCCUCCUCCCCUUCCACUUCCCCCUCCAGCACCGGAAACGGCAACGGCAGUAGUAGUCUCCCGCCUUCAUCAUCGGUACCACCAGUACCAACGGGGACCUCCCCCUCCUCCACCUCCCCACCCGACGUCCUCCUCCGCGUACCGGAGCUGCACGUCGGCCGGAUCGAGCUGGACGUGGACGACCUGCGGGCCGACCUCAACCUGAACGCCGAGAUCGCGCGGCUGGUGUCGCUCAACGUGGGCGUGCAGGUCGCCGUGAGCAAGGUCAACAUCACCAUCGCCGACGUCGACGCCGAGCUCGACCUGGUCAUCCGGCUGGGCAACCUCGCGCGGAUGGUCAACCGCACGCUGGCGUCGCUCGAUUUGAACCCGCUGCUGGUGAACGUGCUCAACGACGUGGGCGAGAUUGUCGGUGGUGUGGUUGGUGCCGUGGAUGGCUUAUUGGGGAGUAUCGUCGGCGGUGGUGGUGGCGGGGAGGAGGUGCGGUUUUUGAUUGAUAACCUGGGCAAUAUUGUCCAGGAGGUUGUUGCGGGAGGUGGUGGUGUUGUGAGCAGUAUUGUGGGCAACUACGAGAAGAACAUGACCUUCACGGGCGCGGUCAAGGAGGUGGGGAAUGGCCUGACGCAGAAGACGUAUCGCUAUGAUCCGCUGGGGAGCCUGGUGAAUAUCAUAUUCAAUACCCUGGGGCAGGUGGUGCAGGCCGUGGUGAUAGGGAAGGAUCACUCUGGGGGAGGGAGUACUGGUACGAGCAGCAGUUCGGUUGUGCCGACCUCGACGGCGAGCGUUUCCACGACGGCAAGCUCGGCGACGCAGGCCGCGAGCACGACGUCGACUGUCUAGGAGGGGGAGGUUAUAGAUUGAACGAAGCUACUGGUGAUUUAUGGUACCCAAAAA